GGGGUUGGUAGUCAUACUCAUUGGACUGCACUUUACUGAAAUCUCCUCUCGCUGCCCUGGAUUCCAUCCGCAGUCACCAACGGGUAUUGUGAUUGGGGUUUCUAAGCGUGGCAAAGAGAUGCAACUGGUUCCCCUCCAUUAUUAGGUACUUGUCACUGCAUCAUCUCGUCCCCUGCCAUGGACUUCUACUAGACUCGGUCCUCUUUUCUUACCUCUGCACAACCUCUCUCGCUCUCUUCGCCAUCCACCCGUUCGCUGAGGCGUUCGUGGUUAUGCAAUUACCAUCGUUGUCCGUCUCCUGACACCUGUUCUUCAGUCCCUCUCAUCCCCAUCAUCGCCCCGGUCGAGGACUCUGGUGACUUGAUUGUCGACUGGACGAGACACGCCUCUCCUCGACGUCCUCUCCCCCCACCUCCCAUUUGCAGCAAUGUCCUCCAGCGCCACCUCGAACCCUACCGCCUCCAAGUUAUAUCCUCCGUCUGUCUCAUCAAGUUAUUUUCAGUCUUCCUCUCAGACCUCUCAAGACUCCUCGAAACGAAGCAAUAGCUCCAGUGGUGGUCCAGGUCUUGCAAUCCCCACGCGUCAAGUCGCCCAACCACGUGGAACCCAGACCCUGAGAAAGCAGCACAAGGGCCAGAAAAAACCACGUCUAUUCGAUGAAGAUUCCAUGGCCGAAGCUACAGCAAUGAGGUCCAUUAACAGUCGCAAAGGCCAAACCUCCAUCACUCACCUCAUGAACUUUUCCCUUCCCCCGCGUCCAAACAACCACUAUCAGCAUCACUUCAACAAUCAUAGACACCAAAGACGAAACCCCACCUGGGGCUUGGGUUCCGGUUAUCAUGCGGUUGACAAGGCACGUUAUGUCCAUGCCAACUACCGCUUCAUUGUCCGCCCGGAUCGAGAAUACCAUGCUCAAACCACCGAUGCCGACAUCUACGUUAGCUGGGAUGCCAUAUUGCAGGUCCUCGCGUCCGCCGAUACCCAAGCAGCCAGUUGCCCUAUAUGCCUAUCCACCCCUGUCGCUCCGCGCAUGGCAAAAUGCGGUCAUAUCUUUUGCUUGCCUUGCCUAAUCCGCUAUAUGCAUUCAACAGAAGAUACCAAUCCAGCUCCUGACAAAAGACCUCGGUGGAAAAAAUGUCCCAUCUGUGAGGACAGUAUUUACAUCUCCGAUGCUCGACCAGUCAGGUGGUUUUCCGGCCAAGACGCCAGUUUGUUGAGAGAGGGCGGAGACGUAUUGCUCAAAUUGUUACGACGCCAUCCUGGAACCACCUUGGCUCUUCCUCGCGACACCGCUGAUAGUUUCGGCCACCCUGACGACAUACCAUGGUUCCACGUCGCCGAGAUUAUGGACUACGCCCGAUUCAUGAAAGGUUCUGAGGAAUAUAUGCAUGCACAGUACGAUCGAGAGAUUCAUGCCCUGCAGAUUCAAGAACAAGAAGACGCCCUCAUGUUUGACGAUGACAACACUUGGACCCAAAAGGCCAUUAUUUCCAUCAACGAUGCCAAACAGAGGCUGGCUGGACUGGGCAACCCCCCUCUCCCAUCUAGCACCGACGUCAAGCCUUCCGUUGCACAAGUACCCGAGUCGUGGGAAACAGCGAGCCAAGAUGGUGGGUCUACCCUUACAUCUGCGAUACACCAACUUUCGAUCAGUGGGGAUAGCACUUCACGCAAGCCUCAAUCCAAGUUGGACACAAACUCGGCCAGAUCGCCGACACAUCCCUUCUACUUUUAUCAUUCACUUCCCAACUUUUUCCUCUCCCCUUUGGACAUUCGCAUACUGAAGACGGCUUUUGGCGACUUUUCGGCAUUUCCCUCGACCAUCUUGCCGCGGGUCGAGCACAUUUCAACCGGACACAUAGUGGACGAAGACCUCAGGAAACGAGCCAAGUACAUGGCCCACUUACCAUAUGGUUGCGAAGUCACUUUUCUCGAAUGCGACUGGACCGAUAUCAUCAGCCCGGUAAUCUUAGACCAAUUCCGAGAAGACAUUGCUCGACGGAGAAAAAGAAAUCACGACAAGGAGGCUCGCGAAGAAAGGGAUCGACUCCGAGCAGAGAAGAGAGAAGAGGACGAGAGAUGGUCGUCCGCGAGACGAAGGAGGUCGAUCUCGGUGCCCGAAAGCUUUAACGAAUCAGAUUUCAGACCUCUAAUCGACCACGACACUCAUGCUAACUCAUCUCCGGGAGAGUCGGCCCUUGGAUCGACUCCGCCAUGGAACACCAGGACACACUCAUCAUUUGCAACCUUGACGACUCCUGGUACAAGCCCUGAUGCUGCCCGCACUGUCUGGGGCACAGCGGCAGUGGGACCUACCUCACCAAUCCUUGUUGCUCCCCCAGAACCCGUUCGGGAUGAUGGAUGGCUUCAAGGCUGGGAGAAAGAUUUGCUGGACGGCGCCGAUGCAGUCGCCAUGGUUGAAGCAAGUUUAGAAGGUGAGAGCAGCACGCAGACGCGCCCAGCGGCAGCGACUCAAAAGAAAGGCAAGAAAAAGAAGAUUACGUUGAUGUCGACCAACAAUCGGCGCGGUGCAUGAUGACACGUGAGAUGAUGUAUAUGGAUUGAUGGUUGUUACUAUAUCAGACAAGACAGAGUCCCACGUUAGCGACAUUUCUAGUUGAAUCAAGCAGAUAUCGAAUAGUCCCAGCG